AUGGAACACUACAGCAUUUUGACAUCGCAGAUCCUACACAAUGAGAUAGCAUGUCAUGAAAAUGCGACCAUUUGUAAUGGAACUUCCUGCCUGUUGCCACCUGAUAAUUUCAAUGCUAUUUUAAAUACAGUUUUAAGUACUGUUAUUACAAUAAUGUUAGCACUUGUCAUGUUUUCCAUGGGCUGCACUGUGGAAGUAAAGAAAUUCUGGGGCCACAUAAAGCAUCCCUGGGGCAUAGCAGUAGGCGUCCUUUGCCAGUUUGGUAUAAUGCCCCUCACAGCCUUUGUUUUAGCCCUGCUAUUUGAUGUCCAUCCAGUUCAAGCUGUCGUAGUCCUAAUUAUGGGCUGUUGCCCGGGAGGAACUGGCUCUAACAUUCUGGCAUACUGGGUAGAUGGAGACAUGGAUAUGAGUAUAAGCAUGACAACUUGUUCCACACUCCUUGCAUUAGGCAUGAUGCCUUUGUGUCUCUUCCUCUACACCAAAACAUGGGUUGAUUCCAGUAGUGUAGUUAUUCCUUACGACAGUAUUGGUAUUGCUUUAGUUUCUCUUGUUAUUCCUGUUGGAGUUGGAAUUUUUGCAAAUUACAAAUGGCCCAGAUAUGCUAAGAAAAUUCUUAAGGUGGGAUCUAUUACAGGAUUCAUUCUCAUUGUACUUAUCGCUGUAAUAGGUGGAGUGCUGUACAGAGGAUCUUGGGAUAUUGCCCCCAAAAUAUGGAUUAUAGGAACAAUAUUUCCAGCUGCUGGUUUCAUUUUUGGCUUCUUGUUGGCUUACAUAUCUAAUCAGUCAUGGACAAGGUGUCGCACAAUCUCUUUGGAAACUGGAAUGCAAAAUACCCAACUUUGUACGACAAUAAUUCAGCUUUCAUUUUCACCAGAGGAACUAAGUUUGAUGUUCACUUUCCCACUUAUCUACAGUAUUUUCCAGAUUCUAUUUGCAGGUUUAUUAUUAGCAGGUUAUCGUCUGAGUUUAUAUUUUAUGGGUAACAAAGCAGAGAAUACAGAGGAAGGAAAUAAACCGGAUUCAUUAAAUGGAGAAGUGAACAACGGAUUCCAUUUGGAUGACAAACCUAGCAAUGGAGCUAUCUAA